AAACUGCUUUCGUUCCGCUUGCUUGCUUGCUUGCUUGACGUGCAUCCAUCAUGAGCGUUCGAGGCUUCUUGGAGUUUCUCUUCACCAAUCCUUUUCUCUUCGUCUUCCAAUUGAUGCAAUGGGUGCUUGACAAGCUCUUGUCUCCUACACCACCGCCCCCUAACGCGAACCUGAGCAGGCCUAAGAUCGCCGUCAUUGGUGCAGGUCUUACCGGUGUCUCGGCUGCUUCUCACUGUGUUGGCCAUGGAUUCGACUGUACUCUAUUCGAAGCAGGAGGCCGGGAGGCUCUUGGGGGUAUCUGGAGUAAAGUAAACAACACCUCUGGCCUCCAGAUUCAUAGCGUUAUGUACCGCUUCCACCCAUCCAUCAGAUGGCGGAAGGGCUACCCCGACCGCCAGCAAAUUGUCAGCCAGAUCACCCAGCUGUGGGAGCGCUAUGGACUCGAGGAACGUACAAAGUUCAAUACCAGAGUCGAAAAAGUCUACAAAGACGACAAAGGUCGCUGGAUUAUCAACGACACGUCCAACGGACGCUUCGAUGGUAUCAUUGCUGCCAUCGGCACCUGCGGUGAUCCGAAGAUGCCACACAUCCCUGGCCAGGAUAAGUUCAAGGGAGAGAUUUACCACUCAUCGCAGCUAGACGGGAAGCCAGCCAAGGACAAGAAGGUGCUUGUCAUUGGUGGCGGAGCAAGUGCUGUGGAGGCACUCGAAUUCGUGGCUUCUGAGCAUGCCGAGCAGACUUACGUGCUUGCAAGGAGUGAAAAGUGGAUCAUCCCUCGUAAUCCGUUCAUCGAUAUGCUUCUUUCUCUUAACGUCUUCGGUCAAGAGACACUGCUAUCCUGGAUCCCCGAAGGCCUGCUUCGUCACCUUUUCUACCGCGAAUUGUCUGACCUUUCCCCACCACCUGGAAGCAAAGGCAUCUUUGAGGAAACCCCUAUGGUCAACGAUGAAGUCCUCGAUCUCGUCCGCUCUGGCAAGGCUAAGUGGUAUCGUGGAGACAUUGUUGGCUUUGAAGAGAAUGGAAUCAGGUUCAACCACCGCUCGCAGGGUGUACCUAAGGGUGGCCCUGGCCGUGAGGAGAUUGUCGAAGGCGAUGUGUGCAUCCUCGCCACAGGCUACCAGCGACCGAGCCUCUCGUUCCUGCCUGACAAGGUGUUUGAGGAUCCGUAUGGACCACCGUCGUGGUACCUUCAAGUGUUCCCUCCUGGAUUCCACGAGAUUUGUGCCAACAAUUGCACCUACGUGAAUGCAAUUGGUACUGUUGGCAACUAUCACAUCGGCAUCUAUACGCGCUUCCUUCUCAUGUACCUUGUGGACCCGCUUACACGGCCAACGGAUAAGUGGAUGAAGCGCUGGAUUGACAUGACGCGCUUCAUGAAGGCUAGGGCUCCAGGUGGUGCAUUCGAUUUCUUCACCUACGGCGAGUUGCUGUACUGGUUUAUGUUCACCAUUGUCAUCAACCCUUUCCGCUGGAAGUGGGCAUUCUUCGUUCUUUUCGGUAUCGGCACCGCCGUGCCAAUGAACAUUGUUCGCCACGAAGACAAGCUGAGGAACGGCCUUGGCGCAAAGAAGCGAUAAACAUGUUAAGACAUGUUUGAAUUCGAGUUAUGAGCAGUGGCAUGUGGUAAGAGACAUGCAUGUGCAUGGUAUCUGGUAUUUUACAGUGAGCGUUACGAUGAUGACUUCUGCAAUAUAUCCAUGGACGUACACAAGAAGAUUCAUUAUAUGCUCUAUUUUUGGAAGAAUGAUGUCAAUAGCUCUUGCAGGUGAUUCACAGUCUACGUGGGUGCCGGUGCAUCUAAUGGAAGCAUUG